AUGAGCCAACAAUCACAGCCAGGCCUGUCCGCCUCCUUCCACCGUGGCUACAAUGGCGGACCCGAGGGCCCCCAAAUCUACUCGGCUUCUUAUUCGGGCGUCGAUGUCUACGAAAUGGAGGUCAACAACGUCGCCGUCAUGCGCCGUCGCAACGACUCGUGGCUCAAUGCCACACAGAUCCUCAAGGUCGCCGGCGUCGACAAGGGCAAGCGCACCAAAAUCCUCGAAAAGGAGAUCCAAACCGGCGAGCACGAAAAGGUUCAGGGCGGUUACGGCAAAUAUCAGGGAACCUGGAUCAAGUUCGAUCGCGGAGUCCAGGUGUGCCGCCAGUAUGGUGUUGAGGAGCUGCUGCGGCCGCUCCUGACUUACGAUAUGGGUCAAGAUGGAGGUGUAGCUGGCCGCGGCGACUUCAAUACCCCGACCAAGGAACAGGCCAUGGCCGCCCAGCGGAAGCGUAUGUACAACUCGAGCACCGACGGCAAGCCUAACGGGCUCUCCGGCACCUUCUUCAAGAACAUCUCCAGCACCGCUUCCCACGCCGUCGCAGCCAUCAGCAAGGCCCGCUUCGACUCUCCCGGGCCCCGAAGCCGCAAUGGUCCGACCCGAGCUCCAAGCUUCAGCCGCCAGCCCUCGAUGCAGAACAGCCAGAAUGGUCAGAAUGGCGAUGACUUCCCCGGAAACUCUCAGCAGAGCUUCGCCUCCGACUAUGGCCAACAGGUUGACUCGGCCUACUCAACCCAGCAGCAGAGCAACCCACCUCCGAUGCCAGAGAACGAGCCCCCGAGAAAGCGCCAGCGCGUUACUAUGACUCCGGCCGAUAGCUUCGGCGGAUACGGCCAGAACAUGGACAUGUACGCCACCGCUUUCCCUGGCUCGCCCACUGAACCCAACGAGUCCUUCAUCUAUACCCAGAACUCCCUACAGGAUCGAUCACCGGUCGAGGACGUCAAUGGUCCCCUGCAGCCUCUCCCUUACGAAAUGUCUCCCGAUGUCGAAAUGAAGCGCAGCAUGCUCAUGGGUCUGUUUAUGGACGCAACCACGACUGAUGCCUCCAAGCACGACAUGCUCAGAACAUUUACCCCUCUCGAGCUCGACAUGCCCAUCGACCUUCAAAGCCAUACUGCGCUUCACUGGGCUGCCACUCUCGCCCGUAUGCCCCUUCUCCGCGCCCUCAUCGCUGCCGGUGCUUCGCCAUAUCGGGUCAACGCUUCCGGAGAGACGGCACUAAUGCGCGCUUGUCUGGUGACUAAUUCGAUGGACCACGGCUCUUUCCCCGACCUCUUGGAAGUUCUCGGCGGCACUGUCGAGGCCCGCGACCAAAAGGGACGGACAGUUCUUCACCACAUUGCCGUCACAAGCGCCGUCAAGGGCCGCAAUGCGGCCAGCCGCUACUAUCUCGAAAGUCUACUAGAGUGGGUCGUCCGACAAGGAAGCGCCCCCAACAGCCAAAAUACGCAAGUCAACGGCGCUACUCCCUGUGGUUCGCAGUCGAUGAUUCCUAAGAUGGGCAUCGCGCGCUUCAUGUGUGAGAUUGUCAAUGCGCAGGACAGCUCGGGCGAUACGGCCCUGAAUAUUGCUGCUCGCAUAGGCAACCGAAGUAUCAUCUCACAGCUGCUCGAAGUCGGCGCUGACCCCAAUAUCGCCAACCGCGUGGGUUUGAGGCCCCUGGACUUUGGCAUCGGAGGCGAGAAUGCGGAUGACAAGACGAAUGGGGAGGCGACAACAGAGAAAAAUGGCGUUGUUGGUUCAAGUCAACGAAGCCGGGAAAGCAGCGACGAAAUCAUUGCUUCCAUCACUCACCUCCUGAGCGAAACUGGGUCCACGUUCCAGCAAGAGAUGAAGUCCAAGCAGACUUCUCUCGACACCCUCCACAGCACCCUCCGCACAACCUCGACGCAACUCGGCGAGUCCCGCCGCAGCCUCGAGCACCUCUCCGCAGCCCUCAAGAAGCAGCAGCUUGCCCGGCAAAAGGUGGCCAACCUCUCACACGCCCGCGAGGAUGAACAGGUCCGCCUCAUGCAAGAGCAGUCGCGCACCUCGCAGCCCAACCCGUCAUCCUCCUGGGAGACGGAGCUUUCCGCAAUGCUCGAGGCCGCCGAAGACUCAUCCGCCAGCGGCGAGGGCAUGCUCCCUUCUGCCGCCGUGCUCAAGGCCAGGAUCCGCGCCCUCGAGGGCCGCCGCGAGAUGACGCGCAAGAUGGUCUACGCCCUCAAAGGCCGCAGCCGCGACGUCGAGGUCAAGUACCGUCGCGUCGUCGCCCUGUGCACUGGUGUCCAGGAGGCCGAGGUCGAUGCUGUCGUCGACGGCCUGCUCAAGGCUGUCGAGAGCGAGCGCGAUGAGCUCGAGAUCGGCCGCGUGAGGCGCUUCCUCGGCGGCGUCGAGGGCGUCGUGCACUAG